GACAGAAGUAAAGAAGAGAAAAGAAAGUGGGUGCAAGAAUCGAAAAAUCGCGUUGGUGCAUAUCAGACAAUUUAGUGAAAAUAGCAAAAAAGUUAUUGAAAUUUAAAAUUUGAGAUUCCGAUCCCUUUGAAGUAAUCAGUCCAAUAUCAUAUCAAUUAAAACGUCCAAAAUUUACGUAGUGUAGAUUAACAGCAAGGGGAACUCCAAAGCAAAUGAACAACAGACCCUGCUGAAGGAAAUUCCUUGAAGCUUAKAAUACAGAAUAAAUAAAUUAACAAUUUUGAACUUGUUACCGAAAAAUUACUUAAUUGAAUCAUAGUGUUAUGUUUGUUAACUAAGUGGUCAUAUAAUGUUUCCAAGGAAUCAAGUGCGCUGCAUGUUAUUAAUAACUUUUUUUGAUGAACGGGGAGCAAGGGUGGAUUCGGAAAUGUGUUAUUUUACAAAACAUUGCUGAUUACAGUUGAUAUCACUGUUUGGAAUUUUGCAGCUUGUUAAACAGCAGUCGCUUAAGACUUUUCAAUCCAAUGUUUUCAUAGAUUUGAAAUUGUCCAAAAUUAACAAGGGUAUUUGUGCGGCUUGCUAAUUUGUGCCUAAUAAUAUUAUGGUAGUUUUAAUCUUUUGUUAAGAAUAUCCCUGUUAUAAUCUUCGCUUGUUCAUAUCCUGUUUUUUGUUAUAUGAGCGCAAUAUCAAAAAUUGUACGUUAAUUAAUAUGAUACAAAACCUGAAGCAAACAAAUAAGUAAAUAUUUACACCCGUCCGCACCUACCUAUCCCUCUUGCUACUGGAUUUUUCAAAAAAUUGAAAGAGCGGAUAAUAUUAAAAAAUACGUAAAAAAAUAAUUUUCACGGAUGUAAUAUCUACAACAACUCAUAAUGGAAAAAUGUUGGAUUAUCGUACACUGCUACRAAACCCUCCCUCGAUAUCAAGCUAUACUACGAUUUGCACAUACAUCAUAAACUAAAAUUCAGUUUACUUUUGAAUAUAACGAUACAUGCAACUAGUUUUUGUAAUUUCUCUUUUUAUGCCCCUGCCAUAUUGCCUUCCAUAAAUAAAUUAGCACGCAAAAUUAUUAAUAACUUCCAAGUUCAUUAUAUUCUAAAUAUAUCGGACAGUUCGUAUAGAUAAAAAUACAUAUUCAUUAACGCUGUAAGUGUGAAAAAAGCAUUAGAAACUUUGUGAGACGGUAGUUUGCUAGUCAAACUUAAAGGUAGAUAGGAAAAUAGAAAACAGAAAGUGGCAUGAGCCAGCCAUCAGGAUUCCGAAAAUAUGAUGAUAAUGAGUGUAGUGGGCCUAGACCACCAGUACCCGGAGAAGAAAGUCGAGUUAAAAAGAUGACCGAAGGGGUGGCUGAUAGUUCCCGAAAUUCACCACCUUCUUAUUUGAAUUGGGCUCGAACGCUUAAUCAUCUUCUUGAGGACCGUGAUGGAGUAGAUCUUUUCAAAAAAUACGUUGAAGAUGAAGCACCUGGUUAUAACGAUCAUUUAAAUUUUUAUUUUGCCUGUGAAGGUCUAAAGCAGCAAACUGACCCCGAAAAAAUUAAACAAAUUAUAGGAGCGAUAUAUCGGUUUUUACGAAAAAGUCAACUAUCAAUACCUGAAGACUUGCGACGAACAAUAAAAGCAGGUCUUAAAAAUGAAGUCCCACUCAAUUCUAACAUAUACGAUUCAAUGCAACAAUAUGUGGAGGUCACCAUACGUGAAAACAUUUAUCCCAGCUUCCUUUGUUCAGAAAUGUACAUUUUGUAUAUUCAGCAAAUGUCCGUUUCACAUGAACGAUUUGGGAUUGGGGCGGCUGGUUCCGGCAGCGGAAGUAGUAGUGGUGCCAGUUGUGGUAGUAGUGGAGCAGGAAUUGCUGGAUCAACAGGAGGAGCUUGCGCGUUGCCCACCAGUUCUGGGAAAGUGCCUUGCUCUUCGGUAGCGCCAUUUAUUAACCUGCCUAUGAGCACUUCUAGUGGAAAUAUACAGCUUGGCGGUGCUUGCAGUGCAAGUGGUAGCGUGUACGGUCCUUCAACAUCAGCUAGCUCCAGUGGCUCCAUUAGUGCAACUGAUACUCUUCCACGUAGCUCUACACUACCUACACUGCAUGAAGAUUCGGAAUUAUCUCUUUGUGACGAUUUCGAGAAGCUGCGAGUUGAAGGUGGUCGUAAAUCAGCCGACAUGCCUAUACGUCUAACCCACGACUUACUGCUAGCAACUCAGAAGAGAAGACUGGAAAUACGACCUCCGGGUGCUCAUGGUUAUGUAUAUCCUGCGGCCGCGAAUACUUCAUAUGUUCCGAAUUCCCGUGUGGAUUCGGAAAGAGCGAGCGUAAGUUCCGGUGGUCGAACUGAUUCCGAUACAAUGUCUCUAUCUAGUUGUUCUAUGGAUGGUCGACCUUAUAUUCAAAGGAGACAUAGUUCAAAUGAAAGUAAAGCGAUACGUCAAAGUGCUUUGGCCAACAAAGAGACUAACACGUUUCAAGUUAUACCCCGAACACAACGCCUCCAUUCGAACGAACAUCGUCCUUUAAAAGAGGCUGACUUAAUUGCAUUACUCAUUCCGAAAUUGGAAGAAGUGAAACGAAAGCAAGACAUUGAAGAUAGAGCUAGAUUUGAUCGUUUCACAGACGAUUCAAUGCCGACAAAUGAAAGGCUUGCCAGCGAUCGCGCAUUUGCAGACGCGAUCCGUGAAAAAUUUGCGUUAGAGGAGGACAAUGACCAAGAUAUACUCGAUCAGCAUGUAUCAAGAGUCUGGAAGGAUCAAACACCUCACCGUUCGCCUGGUACCAUGUCACCAUGCCCGCCUCUUCCGACGCGACGUCGCACCAUAACCCACGAUUCAGGAAUGCUUAGUGAUGGAGCUAUGAGUAUAGGGGGACAUUCUAUGAAACACUCCAAAUCUAUGCCGGAUCACAGUUCCUCUUCCAGGAAGCUAACAAAUAAGUGGCCUUCCGUCAAUACAGAUAGUGGAAUCAGUCUGUUCUCAGCCGAUACUCUUAUGAAGUACAAAGACACCAGUUCGCGAUCUGGUUCAAGUACGGCCUCUAAAUCAGAAGAGGCAAAAAGAAGACUGGAAGAUGAGACCCGAAGGUCUCGUCGUUAUACUCAACAACAUAUACAGCCAUCGCAGCAACCACCAUCAUUCAGCAGCAGUAGCAGUGGCAGCAGCAGUUUACAUCACCAGCCGCAACCACCACCUCUACCCGCAAAACCACUAGAGACAACGACUGUCGUAUUUUCAUUCUGCGACGAAGAAUAUCCUUACAGAACGAAAAUUCCCGGUUCGCAACCCACCCUGAAGCAAUUUAAAGACUACUUGCCGAAAAAAGGCAAUUUUAGGUUCUUUUUCAAAACACAUUGUGAAGAUCCGGAAAGUCCAGUGAUUCAGGAAGAGAUCGUGAAUGACAGUGAUAUUUUGCCACUAUUUGAAGGCAAAGUGAUGGGCCUAGUGAAGCCAUCCGAUUAGGUUUAGGCUAGUAUCUUAGCGACUCACAAUAAUAAAACAGCGAGAUUAAAAAUAACUGCAACGAAACAAGAAUAGCAGCAAUUAGAAACGCCUAAGGAAUAGUUAUUGGGAUAACAAAAGCGUAAAUGAAGGUUGACAAAGCAAAUGUUACAUUAAAAAUUGUAUUUAGUGCUUAGAGAUAAUUGAGAAAACCACACAAAAAUCGAGUUUUGUAAAAACAAUAUUUUUAGAUUUUUAUAAAAACAUAACAGUAGAUAUUUCGAUUUAUGUAUUUUUUAUAAAACGCUAAAAGGAUAUAUAUUUUAUUCUCGCCUUCUUUUAAUUUUGCGUAAUACAUUGUUUAUAGAUUUUCUUUAAGAAAGCUAAAAAAAGUUGAUUGAAAUGUGUUUUUAUGGACUGCCUGCAAUAUAUAUUGUUUACAUAUAAGGCGCUGCCUGUUUUUAGCAGCACUAAAUAUUGUUCUCGAUCACGAAAAUCAAAAGUAUUUUAUAAGAGUUUUUUACUAGAUUUUGCUUUCUUAAAUUUUAUAUCGACGAAAACUAUUUCAUAACGUAAUUUUUUAUAGAAUUUUAAUUUGUUACACUCAUAUUGAUUCUAAAAUAUGAAAGUACACAUGUGUGUGUGAUCAUUACAUAAUAUUGAACUUUGCUUAUAACCACAAACAAGCAUACACAUGCUCAUAUUCACA